AUCCCUGAAAUACAAAUUUAUAUCAGAUAAAUUAUGUCUUGGGUUCACUGCAAUCUCUGUUUUGUAUCUCCGGAGGAGGACCGUCGGGUCAGAUUGAACUUCUCAAGCUGUGGAAAAAUUGUGUGCAUGAAGUGUCUUCCUAAGCUCAAGAACCGUGAAUGUAAAGCCUGCAAGAACAAGUGCAGAAGCCUGGAGCUAAAUUCAAACACGCCAAAGGAAGUUACAGAGCUGUUCUCUGAUCCAAUGAAAAAUCUAAAGGUUAUUUUCAAGUCAAUGAGUUUCCAGGAAAAAAAUAAAUUAGGAUACAUGAACCGCCUGUCCAAUGAGUUAAAGAGAUAUAAAUCUGAACUGAAGAAACUGGAAGCCUUGAAUGAGAAGAAGACAGCUGAGUUGAGUGCUGCUCAAGAUAAAGAGAUAAAGCUGGAUAGAGCGGAGCUAGCUCUGAAGGAGCGUUUAAACUUAAUGACUAAAUCAGGGAGCAGUAAGGGUUCAGUUUGUGGGAGCUCUAAUGAUGAUGAUAAAUCUCGGUAUCAGAGAAUGGAUAUUCGUCCUCCAUCAGAAUCUGGAUUCUCAAACAUUCUUAACUGUUCAACAGGGAGUAAUGGAAGCAAACCUUCUCAUGUUAGACAACUGUUUAAUCCUUCUAGUCCUUCGAAUACAAACGGGGCAAGCAGGUUUCUUGUUUUAAAGACUCCCCAUGGCUGGCACAAUAACAAGAUAGGACGGUAUGAACCUGACCAAGAUGGAGACGAUACAAUCAAUAGUUUCAUGCAGUCCUUGACACAACCUGGAGAUAUUACAAAGAACUAACCUAUGCUAACCUUUGUAUAAACACUAAACAGUGACAACACGGACUGAGUUCUAAUAAACUACUGUGGAGUAUUGGAAAGAGGAGAAUAGUAAGAAAGAAAGUUAUUAAUGUUGAUCGAUGAUAUUAAUCUUUUUAAUACAAAAUUCUGCAGUUUCAUUUUUCCUAUUUUUAUAAAAUGAAUUAAGAAUUAUCCUUAAUGUGUUUCAUAUAAUAUUGUUUAUCAGUUUCAUUUUAUUUUAUUUUUAAUAGUUUUAGAUAAAUUGUUUUGAACAGAUUUUUAAAUUAUGUAGAUAUUGCUUCUUAGUAUGCUAUGUUUUGAAAGUAAUAUUGCUAUGUAAUCAAAUAAUAAUGUCUCGUAUUAUGUUGUUCGACUGGUAGAAAUAUCAAUAAAUAAUUUAUAUUAAG